CGGGAAAUCUGUGCACGCGAUUUACUGCUGCUAGUGGCGCGGAGUUACUUUGUGCAAAGCUAUACUACCAGCAGCUCGCCCCUCCGAGAAAGAGAAGCAAUAAAGAAAUACUGAACUACAAACAUAAAAAAACAUGCGUCCAUCUCGCACGAAGCGUGGUCUGACCCCCCAGUCACCAUAUACCAGGAUGAGUCUGCGCAGCUAUCGUAAUGUCGCCCUGGUGCCGAUGGAGUCGUCUUCCUCCUCCUCCUCCUCUUCUGAUGACAGUUGUGACAGUUUUGGUUCGGAUGGCUUUGCCAACACCAAGAAAUCCUUAAAGCAGCCCAAGGUGACACAGGUGGUCAGGGGCCCCGCGGAGGACAAGGCACAGAGUGCGUCUGAGGAGGGGGAGUUCAACAACGCCAUGGAGGCUAUGAAAGUGGACUCCGAUUCUGAGGCUUCCGGGCCUCCGCGCAGGAGCAGGCGCUCGCACACCCUGAAGGUGGCGCUGAAGUUCCCCGUCAGGAAGGCGAGCGAGCCGAAGCCCACGGCAAAGCCCCCACCGCAGCACGGGGGGCCCGAGUCCGACUCGGACGAGGGGGAGAACUUCAUGGAUAAGCGAGCACUUAACAUAAAAGAGAACAAGGCAAUGCUGGCGAAGCUCAUGGCGGAGCUGAAUAAAGUGCCCGGGCUCUUUCCCCCGAGGCCUUCCUCACAGUCAGUGGACUCGCCUCGCCGCAUGCCACGCCGAUCUCUGGAGGGUGCCGGGCCCUGCCGGAGGAACCCGGAGCGUGUCUCCCGACCGCACACGCGCUCUCGCUCUGCUGUGGAUGGACCACCUAGCCCAGCUUCUGAGGACCCAGAGGACCGGUUCAGUCUGGUGCGCAGGAGUCGUUUCUAUGAGGGGGAUGAUGAACCGAGGGAGCCCCGAAGGCGCAGCUACCAAGGGGCGCUGACCAUUCCCCACGUGGUGCGGCCAGUGAGCGAGGUCACCCAGGAGGAGCUGGACAACAUCUGCUUCGUCGUCAGGGACAAAGUGUACAACAGCUUCACCGGCUCCACGUGCCAUCAGUGCCGCCAAAAGACCACAGACACAAAGACCAACUGCCGCAACCCCGAGUGCUUCGGGGUCCGAGGUCAAUUCUGCGGGCCGUGCCUACGCAACCGCUAUGGGGAGGAGGUGCGCGACGCCCUGCUGGACCCGGACUGGCAGUGCCCCCCCUGCAGGGGUAUAUGCAACUGCAGCUUCUGUCGGGCCCGCGAGGGUCGCUGUGCUACGGGCGUCCUGGUCUACCUGGCGAAGUACCACGGGUAUGACAACGUGCACGCCUACCUGAAAAGCCUGAAAAGGGAGUUGGAGGAGGAGAACAAGUAAACACCUGGAGUCCUACCGUGUCCUUUCUGCAUCAGGUGUUUUCCUGAGCUGAUGCUUUGGGUUUCGAUUUGGCUUUCAUAUAAAAACGCACAUGGUCUGGCAUCCUGUUGAUAUGCAAGUCCUAGUUUUCAAUAGGCCAUUAAAUGACCUACAGAAAUUGCUUCCCUUAAUUACAUUGUUUUAAAUGUAUAAAAUAAGCAGUUGAUUUCUUCAAGUGGUAUAUGAUCUCCUUGUUCCAAAAAAAAAAAACUGUUGUGAAAAGGGCUGAAAUAGUUGUGCCAUUUCUUAUAUUUGAAAGUUGUGUAGUUUUCGCGUCGUCACACAUGUGCUCUGACUUCUGCGGUGGCAUUUUGUAAUCAGGGGGAAAUGUUUGGGAUACUUGCGCAGAAAACUUAAUUUUUUUUCUACUUGAUUAUAGGUCACAAGUCCUUUGUUUGUCAGCGGUUUAGCUAGUGUGCUUAAGUUGUAAAUUUUGAUGCUGAAAUCUCUCUCGCCUAGGUCUUGCGCCUAACAUUUUAAGUGUUCCACUCAUGAAUCAGUCUUUUAACCACUUAAGGUUGUUAUAACUUCCAUUGUGAGAUUGCACUCUUAGCUUGGCAUUCAGUCUUAAGAUAUGAAAUAAUGAUUUGAUGAAUUACUACUGCUUCCAUACACAGAGGCACUGUGGUAGAGGGGCAGUGUGUUUUGCUUGGCAAGGUAUGAACUUUCCUGUGAGAUGUGCCUUAACUGAUUGUCUGCAGAUGCGUUGUUCAGGAAAUCUAUUAAAAUAGAUGAUAGUUUGAGUUUAGAUGUUAAGGCUUCUCUGAAAUUGUUUUUUGAGGGAUUUGUGUGUAUGUACUGCACACUUAAGUGAACAAAUAAACAUUUACAGUAAACUUUG